GUGGAUACCACACCUGGCUGACACCUGCCAGUUGAAACGGUGAUGAUGACAUCGACCCUCUGCACCUGCACAUGGCUACUGCUACCCUGCUGCAUUCUAGUCACCCUCUCUACUGGUGAAUUGAAUUUUUAUCGAGAUGAUAUCGCUUUUAGACAAUUGAUGAAGUACCUCGAAGGGCAGAGAACGCAUUUUCUCUCACUGUUGGCGAAUCAAGCUCGCAAGAAGCAUCAUCUGGGAUUGGAACGCCAAAAGGAGAGGGAUAUUCUGGAAGCGUUGAUCAACAAAGGCAGCUUGGCGGAUAUUCAAAGAAAGGAGAAAGCGAAAGGAUGGAACUAUCGGCAAACGCGAUACAACGAGCCGGUCAACGAAUUACCGCAAGAAAGGGAGCAUUAUUUUUCGUUAUACGAGUUGAACCCGCUCGAAAGUUCUUUGGAUUAUACAAACUUUAAGUUGCCUUAUCUUCCCGGUGAAACGAAUGGCGAGGAUACGAGUCUUCAAGACGACGACUACGGAUACGAUCGGAAUCCAUUAUCGAAACAUUUGUCUUUCGACGAGACCAACUUGGACAGGGGAAUGAAGGAGGAACCGUUGGAAUUUCACGGGAGUUACAGUAGUGGAUCGAUCAACGAGUACGGCAAAAAUGAUAUACAGAUACAAAAGCUGGAAGCGACCACUCCGGAUUUUACUUUCGACUCGAAUUUACGCGAUAGACAACCGUUCGCUGUGAAGCCCGAUGAUCCCAGAUAUUAUCAGGAUGCUCCUUUUUUCCUAGAUAACGAAGAUAACUCGGAUUUUGAGCAAUCGAUGAAAAAUAAUACGAAGUGGGAACGAGAGAAUACAGCGAUUGGAAAAGGACACACGAUGGAACAGGAGAAGGCGAGAAACAUGGAGUCCAAAUUUAAGGAUACGUCGGUGAUCGUGAUACCGGAGUUGGAACGACGUAUGGAGUACAACCCGAUGUUCGUACCUGUAAACCAGGAUUUGAAUAACGAUAUAUAUUUUAUUGCUGUCGUUGCUGGCUGCAGCGCAGCGGCGAUGUUUGCUCUGGUAUUAGUCGCUUUGACAUGGUGCAGGUUAAAACGGGGUGCUAAGGCGGCUGCUGAUAUAGAAUAUCCAGCUUACGGUAUAACCGGCCCGAACAAAGAGAUAUCACCAUCCGGAGACCAAAGACUCGCGCAGUCUGCUCAGAUGUACCACUUCCAACAUCAGAAACAACAAAUCAUCGCUAUGGAAAAUCGUGUUUCUGCAACCAGAGACCCAGGCUCUGUAUCCGAAGCAGAGAGCGAGGAGGAAAACGAGGAAGGAGACUACACCGUUUACGAAUGCCCAGGACUGGCUUCUACUGGUGAAAUGGAAGUAAAGAAUCCGUUAUUCCACGAUGAUCCAACACCGGCGACACCAGCACAAACUAACAAAGAAGAGGACCAUAUAUAGUUUGACUAAAUUCCAAAUAUAUUUGAUUUUAAUAUUUUUUCUGGUGCUUAGCUCACUGUUAACGUACCAUAUCGGAAACGUUUAUCUAUAUAUCGAAUGUACGCAACUUUAAUAUUUGUACGACGCGGGAAGUCGAGAUAGAAAAUUAACCAAAAGAUCCGACACGAGACCAUUUUUGCGUUUUGUGAAAGAGUUUACCACGUGAAACGAUGAACAUUCUACGUCGUUAAAAACUAUCGUGUUUAUUUGAAAACACAUAUUUUUUAACUCCAUGAUGUACUAUAGUUUGUACUUUCAUAGCAAGUACGAUCAGCCAUAUGAUUGACAUUAUUUUUCUACUCACCGUUAGACUUGCAACAUAGAGUACGGAUUGGAGACUAUAACUACGUAUAACAUUUAAUAUCACUAUAUAUACCUGAUUAUAAUUUUUCAAUAUAGUAAUAACGUUUAUCGCAUGUUCUCACCAACUCUUCCUUUCUCUACCUAUCGAUAACUAUUGUUCGUCCACCGAAGAAAUUUAUUAUCCCUCUA